CUGUAUCAUCAGCCAUUGAAUUCACCGAGGAGGCGGAGGAGGAGGAAUGGUAUGUGUGUGUAGUACAUAAGAACCAAACCAGGGUCACCUUUCGUGUUUCCACCCUGUUAAACUCUCUCCAGGUAAAUAAGUUGCAGUUCUCACGGUGCGUUUGCGGUCAGUCGGUCUCCGGUAGCUUGUGUUUACACUUCACCCGCCUGUCAGGCAGAUAUUGAGCCGCGACAGAUGACAGUGACAGGCUGGGUGUUGUUAGCUGCUCGGUGAUAAGAGAUAAACGGGGUGACGGCGGCUGUCAGGCGCAGAUAAAACGGACAAUUAACGGUCUAAACUCAACAAUGUGGCGGCAAGAAGCUCCACAACUGCUCGGCUGUGGAUACGGUGUGAAGACCUAACGGCUGGGGGGCUAAACAUGUUUACACGAGUGGAUUUACUCAGCAAGAAACACCUCGACACCAUCAGUUACUGACUCUGACUGACCACUGAGGAACAUACUUAUAUCUCUUUUGCCUUUUGUUAAGCUAAUAUCAACACAACUCGGACAAUGCGGCUUUUAAUUCGCAUGUCAAGGUGCUCGCAUGGAGUUCACCUGUCCAAGCUGAAGCUAACGCAGCAGAGGAUGUUAUGGCUGCAGCACCGGCUCACUCCUUCCGCUGCCCUCCGGAGGAAGAGACAGUCAACCGGGGUCAAGUCAUCCCUCCAUCCGACCCUCUCCUUCCCCCUGUCCUCACCCUGUGUCUCUAUCCUGCCCUGCAGUCCACUCAGAGGUCUCUCCAUACUCUGCUCACACACACCGACAGUACGGACAGUCAUACACACACCUGUUGCCUUUGCCAGCUCUUCAGCCGCCUCCACACCCACACCUGCCGGGUCAGUGAAGACCCAGACGGACACGGAGAGAGACCAGACACCCAUCACGGUCCCCCCGCGGGAGGAUGUUAAGAGGAUACUACGACUCGCUCACCCUGAGAGAUGGAGAUUGGCAGCUGCCGUGGGCUUCCUGACUGUCUCCAGUGCAGUAACGAUGUCAGCUCCCUUCUUCCUGGGUAAAGUGAUUGACACCAUUUACACUACUGGAGCAGACACAGAGACGAUGACAGCCUCCCUGACAUCAUUAUGUAUCAUGCUGACGGGAGUGUUCCUGUGUGGCGGGGCAGCCAAUGCUGCCAGAGUCUACCUCAUGCAGACCUCGGGCCAACAGAUUGUUCGUGAUCUCCGUGCCUCUGUCUUCUCCUCCAUCCUCAGACAGGAAGUGGCAUUUUUUGACAAGAAUAGCACCGGAGAGCUUAUCAACCGCCUCUCUGCUGACGCCGCCGUGGUGGGCCGCUCCAUCACUGACAACCUGUCAGACGGGCUGAGAGCCCUCGCCCAGGCAAUUGCUGGUGUCAGUAUGAUGAUCUAUGUCUCCCCCAGCCUUGCAGGCUUUGUGUUGCUCAUUGUUCCUCCAAUGGCUGGCCUCGCUGUACUCUACGGCAGAUACCUUCGGUCCAUCUCCAAAUCCACACAGGACGCACUUGCACAAGCCACACAGUUGGCAGAGGAGCGCAUCAGCAACAUACGGACGGUCAGAGCUUUUGGUAAAGAGCUGUCAGAGGUCAACAAAUACACACAGAAGACAGACCAGGUCCUCAGUCUGGCCAGGAAGGAGGCUGUACUACGAGCCGGCUUCUUUGGAGUGACUGGUCUCAGUGGUAACAUCAUGAUCCUGUCAGUGCUGUACAAAGGAGGCCUCCUGAUGGCCAGCCAGCACAUGACCGUGGGAGAGCUCUCAUCGUUCCUCAUGUACACUUUCUGGGUGGGCAUCAGUGUUGCAGGUCUGAGUUCAUUCUACUCUGAGCUGAUGAAGGGUCUUGGAGCAGGAGGCAGACUGUGGGAGCUGCUGGACAGGAAGCCAGAGUUUCCUCUAAAUGAAGGUCUCAUGCUUCCUUCAGAACAGCUGAAGGGUCGGUUGGAGUUCUCUGAUGUCUCCUUUGCCUAUCCGGCCCGUCAUGAGGCUCCUAUUUUCCAGAACCUCAAUCUAUUGGUUCCAGCUGGCACCAUCAUGGCUGUGGUGGGACCCAGCGGCUCUGGAAAAUCAACCUUGGUCUCACUGCUGCUCAGGCUGUACAACUGUGACGCUGGUAUCAUCACUAUAGAUGGUCAUGACAUCAAAGAUCUGAAUCCCUAUUGGCUCAGGAGUCACAUUGGGACUGUCAGCCAGGAGCCUGUGCUGUUUUCUUGCUCCAUCAGAGAAAACAUUGCGUACGGUGCAGUGGACCCAGACGCUGUGACCACAGAGGACAUCUACAGGGCAGCCAGAUUAGCCAACGCCUUUAAUUUCAUCCAGUCUUUUCCUAAGGGCUUUGACACUGUAGUGGGGGAGAAAGGAGUGCUGUUGUCAGGUGGUCAGAAGCAGAGGAUAGCCAUAGCCAGAGCUCUGCUCAAGAAUCCUAAAAUCCUGCUAUUAGAUGAGGCAACCAGUGCAUUGGAUGCUGAGAAUGAGUUCCUGGUCCAGGAGGCCUUGGAGCGUCUGAUGGAAGGAAGGACAGUCGUGAUCAUCGCUCACCGUCUCUCCACCAUCCAGAACGCUCACGCUGUUGCUGUACUGGACCAGCGGCAUAUAGCAGAGUGUGGCCAGCACACAGAGCUGCUAGGCAACAGGCAGGGACUGUUCAGAAAACUGAUGGAGAAACAGGCGUUUCUACAAGAUGAACAGCAACGAGCACUUCGCUGAGAGGACAGGGAGUACAGACGAGUGGACGAGGUAGAGGUGAGGUCAAUCCCUUGGAAUAAAGUGGCUUUGCUUCAGAAGGGGUGGGGCAGUGGGAAAAAUAGGUAUUGCCUGGAAUGAACAAGGAUGGAUAAAACUAAAGGAAAGCAGAUCUUUCCACAGGACAACAGAUGAACACUAGAAAAAGAGGAGAAUGGAAAACCCACCGAGAAACAUUGAAGGGUUUUUCUUAAAUGCUGCGACUGUCUAUUCACUGCUGAACUGACUAUUUAGCUCCACAUGAGGAGCUGUUUGAAAAGGAAACAAACAGGGUAAUCUGCCGUGAAGACCCAAGAACUGAAACAAGGAUCAGGUUCUUAGAGAUGCUUUAUUUUGAAAAUAUCUAACUAAUAUCUGCACUGAAAGACGAGGUCUGAAAGAGGAUGAAAAGGAGACACGAUGAAGACAGACACUCCUCACACAGCAACAUGUCAUUUUUUAAAAUCACUGUUACUACCAUAGUUUUCGAGGAAAGCCUAAAUCCUGUUUAAAAAUAGUUCAGGCGUACCUGAGACAUGUGCAGAAUGUAAAUGUAACCAUAUGCAUCUGGUACAAAUGACUUUCACUCUCUGCUGUGGGUCACUAUUGUCUGUUAUCACUUCAUGAUUUUCAUAAGCAAACCAAAAACAGUCCAGUACCGUGUAUACACAACUGCUAAAUGUGUAUUUGUGACAUAUUGUUUAUAUUUAAAACUUGAAGCCCACAUGCAGAGUAUUUACAGACAUUAUUUAAAGGAAGCAGCUAUUUGUGUUGUAGUAAAGCAGGACUGGACACUAUGAGGACAUGAAUUAAAGUCCAGGUAAAGUAAAAUCAGAGAGUUCUUUCUUAACACAUGAAACAUGUUAGAAAGGACUUGUUGAAAACGUGAAAAGACUUGAGAACUGUGCAGUGCUCUGUUGUUGAGUUAGACAGUUAAAAAACUGUUUCUCAUCAUUCUGUGUCCAGGAUUUUUUUUAACAUAACCUCUCCCCUCACCAUAUAAAAACUAAUGUGUAGCAUCAGUGUUGUUUUGUUCCUCCCUGUGAGUGAGCGGUGAGUUUGCUACGUUCAGCAAUCUCUCUUGGCUCCUUCAGUCUAAUAAACACAUGAAUAACUAUCUUUGUUAUAUGCUACUAUCAUAUAAAAACAAGCAAACUCACCAACAUACCUCUCAGUCUUUCAACCGCAAUCAGCUACCCAGCCUGCUGGUGGUUAACGCUCACUGCUGUGGUGGUGUUCUUUGUGCUAAUGUUAGCUGCUGAAUGAGCUGAAUGAGAGCAGCUUCACAGCAGACGCACCCACGGCGUCACAGCUUUUCACAUUUUUUAAACCUUAUUUCAUAUUCUUGCCAUUUUUUUCAUCAGUAGAAAACACACUUUUCUGUGAUGAGACAAACUCAGAACACAUAUUUAGUUUUUCUUUACCCAGACUUUAAUUUCUGCACAUUUGCCAUGAAAAAUAUUAGUGAUUGUUUCUUUCACAAGGACUUGGUCUCAGUUAAUCGUAUUUACAUUGGGAUGGGUUUACCAGUAUGUUUAGAUUGAGUGGGAUUUCCUCACUUUAGAUUUAAGUGACUGCCCUGAAACUGCUAAACCUUUCCAUGGUUACAUGUCAAACACAGUAACUGUGCACUUGGGAGGGUUGAGUGAGGCGAGCUGAACAGCCUCUUCUCUGUAAGAUGUUCUGCUGCUCUCUGGGAGGCACGAAAAGGGAGACAUGUCAUUAAAGUCAGAGGUGGUCUGUGUGUCAUGAUCACAUCUCUCUUAGCAAGUAUCUCAUUGUCUAAAAUCCCUAAUCCCUUCAUCUUUUAUCUUGUCUUGUAAUCUCAGUCACUUUUCUUGGUCUAAUCUAUAAAUGGUGGAAAAACAGAAAAUCAGAAACUAACAUUAUGUCAUACACAUUUCUGACUGAACACUGUUGACCACUGUGUCUCUCUGUCUCUUCCAUAACUGAACAGGAUGUGCACUUGGCUGACAUUAAAUUCUGUGUAAACCGCUCUAAAAGCCACAGCGCUCAUGUUAAAGGGCCUGGCUAAGAAGGAAUGAUUCUCCUCAGUAAAUAUUUGCAUGGUAAAUGUCCACUUCACUGCUCAGGGGGAGUCUGUUGGACUGGAGUGUUACAUGAGACAUGCAAAUGGUCUCAGUUUGAAUACCCUACAGCUCUAAAGGGACUGCAGAUUGGACUGUUUCUAGAAUUGCUUGUGAGAAACAACUAGAUGUCUGAUGAGAAGCUUUAAUUGAUUUACAGCAAAUGAUCACAUAUUAUAUAAAUGUGUUUUUCUGAUGUUCAUGUCCCCUAAAAUGUCUGACCUUGACUGUACUGACCUGUAUCUGUUUUGUCACUAGAGGGGUGUUUUCACAUUCCUCUACUGAAGCAGGCAGUGUUGAUGCAUUUCCGUAAAAUCCAACCCACUUGCCAGAUAAAAUGUUGUAGGGAUGCACGAUAAUAUCAGCACAUCAUUAGUAUUGGCUGAUAUUGGCUUCAAAAUGAAAUAUUGGAAUGGGCCAGAAUGCCAAUUUCUGUCAAUACGACAAACCAGUUUUUUUCUUUCUUAAACCACCACAAAGGAAAAGAACAGGCUGUGAAUGAUUAUUAUCCUUAGAGCUUUUCAAAUUUUAAAGGAAAGUUUAAAGACAAUGAAAUAAUAGUACUAAACAGUGCAAACACAAAUACAUGGUCUUAACAUGGACAUAAGUAGGCCUACAUAAAUGAAAGUACAUACAAUAAUAAUAAAGAUAAAGUGGGGUUCAGUCAUACAGAUAGAGAGGUAUGUUCAGUCAGAGGAUUCGGGGAAGAAAGUUGUGUAAUUUUUAGUGGCAAAAAAGUAGCUGGAAAUGUGGCAGCAGGUCAUGAAAAACUACUUUUUUGUUUGUUGGUUUCGAACAAUUGUUUGCAGCCUGGUAUCCACCACUCCCUCUAUUUCCUGACGACAAAGUCAGCUCAUAUACAUGGAAUCAUCAUCAUGUCACAUAGAAACAUUGAUGUGAUUCGUAUGAAAUUUACAAAUGUAAUGUAUCUGUGGUUUUUGCAGAAACCGAUUAUGCCAAAAUUUUCUUCUGGCGGCUGAGCAUCUAAGAUGUGAGAUUCAAAUGACGCUAGGCAACCUAGAUUAACUAUGUCAGUAAUACAAAAUGCUUGAACAGUAACCUGGAACCCUCAGAGCAGACCUAUCAGUACAGAGAGCCAGAGUUAACUUUAUAUGUGGUCAGACCAUGUUUUACGAAAUAUUAAUCACAGCAAAAUAUUUUUACAUAAUUUAAAAACUUGUCUGGAGGGAAACUUUAAGUCAGUCUCUAUUCAUAAGUAUAUUUCCUAUAUUUUCAUUGUCUAUUUCUAAAACAAAAGUCAGACAUUAUGUUGCAGGAGUUUUUCUUUCACAUGAAUUAGAUUUGAAUAUUGCACCAGUUUUAUAUAAAAACAUUAUCAACACAAUAUUUUCCUACAAUAUUUUUUUCUCUUACCAUUUGACUCAGAUGAAGAGACUGCAAACCUGUGUGCAUUGCUCUGAAUGUUCAUGCUAGAUUUUUUGUUUUUAUGGUUUUUUUGGGUAUGUUUUUUAUGAGUUAGAAACGUGAAUUAUUGUGAACGUAACUUUCUUUCAUGGUUUGACGGCAGUGAUGCGCAGAGACUCUAAAAACUGGACAUUUAAACAAAUCAGUCUUGAUAAUAUUUAAACAAGGAAUAUAUUAAAACAGCAUUGAUCACUGAUGACUGACCACAUGAAAGCCUUGUAAUGUUGUCUGUGUCUGGUUUUAUAAAUAUAGAGGUUUUAUAUAUUUAUUACAGUGUGUAGACUGUGCGGCAGCAACAUGUGAGCUCUGUUCUCUGUCUCAGUUACUUAACUUUAAUUAAGAUAACUUAGUUAAGAAAGUUUCCAUGUGCUUUGUUUUCUUUUGUGAUGAUUUUAAUGUUGUGUCUUAAAGGUAGCAACAGAUUUUAAUUUCCUCACAGCCCGUUAGUUAUCAUCUCAAAUUGAAACCUUUAUUUUAAUGUCACACCAUGAACAUUGUCUCUGAACAUCACAUGUCCAGACUUGUGUCCUGUGGAAGUACAUUUUUAAAAUCACCAAACUCCACCUAUUCACAUUAAAUCGAAAGAAUUCGUGUUUUGUUAAAAAUCACCUCAACACUCACUCCGUAAAAAGUGAAAGUUUCCCAGUUAAUGACAGAUCCAUGUCUAAUAACAAAUCACAGAAGACCACCGAGAGGUUCUUCUCUUUUUUUAAACUUUGUAUAAGUUAUAAAAAUCAUGAUCUAAAUGAUGUAUGAUAGAUUUUUAAUUAUUUUUGUGUUUGGUAAAGUAUUCCAUGUAAAGGUAAAUAAAGUGAGAUAUUGAUAGUUUUUAUUUGUGGGAAGAUUGCUUUUAUUAUGCUGAUAUUUUUUUUGUAAAAAAAGUAGCAGAGGACUGAAGAUAUUUACACCAUAAAUUGGUACAAAAAAAUCACUAGAAUGCAGGAAAUUAAGUGCUAAUGCUCAAACUCUUCCAGCAGAGAACCCCCAAAUCUCUCCAUUUGAUAUGUUUCUUCCCAUUGUUGAAUUUAAACCUACACCCUUCUUUGUUUAAGUUGUUUUGUGUACGUUUUGGUAUGUUUAGGCUCGUACUGUGUACACUUUUAUUAAACUGGAACAUAUUUAAAUAGCUUCAAAAUGUGAAUUUUUGUUUUGUUUGUUUUUAAUAAGUGAAGAUAACAUUUUAUUACAUUGCUUUAAGGGAUUAGGUAGACCCAUAUAAUAUUAUAUGUCUUAAAUACAGUGGUCAUAUUAGCACCCUUUAAUCACCAUUCCUCUACUGAGCCACUAAAAUUGAUGAGAAGAGGAGGCAACCUUACACCUCAUCAUUUGCUUUAUCAGUGUAGAUUAUAUUUAAUAGCUUGUAACGGAUCACAUUUUCUCAUUCAACUUAACAUGCUGACAUUUCUCAUAGUAUACUUGUAUGAUUGUGUCUGGUGUGUUUCCAUGCAGUGUGUCAGACUGUCACUAGGUGGUGCUUUUGCCUCAUACUUUGACCUACAGGGGGCGUAAGAGGAGUGUUCGCUGCUCACUUGGUGGGAUCAAUGUUCAUUCAAUCCAUCAUACUAAAAUAAAACUUCUUGGUAAUGAUAUGAGCAAUGUGUAUUCAGCUGCUGAAAGGUUGUGUUGACAGCGCGGUAAGCUUCUCGUACAAAUAGACUCUGCACAUUGUCUUAUCUGCCCGCACACAGACCGGUCCUGGCAACACAGUAAAUUAUGGCAAUCAGUUGAUUUAUUCUCCUUCUGAGUGCUUGUUGCUCUUGUGGGGCAGAUUAAGAGUCUAUCAAGAUACAUUGAUUGCGUCAAUCAGCCUUUUUAGAAUCAGGCUC